AUGACUGCACAUAACGGAGCGCUCAUUUACCGGGGCUCCUUCGGUACCCGGCGUGCCGUCGGGGUUUAUCCCGAGCCGGUCACACGCGCCCCUGUCGCGACAGGCGGCGAGUCCCGGUCCGGUCGCGCCGCCCGGGAGCCGCUCCCGCGGGGCGUUUUCGAUCCCCGGGGCACCGGGCACCGGUGGGCGGGACCCCGACCCCGGGACCACCCACGCUCCCCCUCCUGCCCGUCACCCGCGGCGUGUCACGCCGUGCGCCCGUGGGUCGCCGCGUCGGUCACCGUGUCGGGCACGGUGCGGACAGCGCUCCGUGGGCUCUGCAGCCCCGUGGGCAGCGGGACCUCGUCCCGACCCCGUCCCGACCCCGUCCCGACCCCGUCCCGACCCCCGCCCGUCCCGCGUGGGCGCUCGCCGGCGCGCCGCAUCGAUGGUUCGGCGCUCGCUGUGGCCGCCUGGCCGCGCUCGGCGGUGGAUUGGCGCUGCCUGCCCGCCGCCCCGGAAGGCGCUGGGCUCGAACCGGGGCCGCGGCGGCUCCGCCAGGCGCUCCCCGGUGCAUCAGGAGGCGCUGCCCAAAGGUCGGAGAUGGGCCGGCGCUCCUCGGACACGGAGGAGGAGGGCAGGAGCCGCAGGAAGAAGAAGCACCGGCGGCGCUCCUCCUCCAGCAGCUCCUCGGACAGCCGCGCCCACAGCCGCAAAAAGUCGGGCCGCAAAUCCAGGUCCAGGUCGCGCUCCCGGGAUCUCCCGUCCUGGUCCCAUUCCUAUGAGAAAAGGUGCAGACACAGAUCCAGCAGCAGCUCUUCCUACGGCUCCAGGAGGAAGCGCAGCCGCUCCAGGGGCAGAGGCAAAUCCUACAGGUCCCAAAGGUCCAGGUCAAAGAGCAGAACCAGGAGGUCGCGCUCGCGGGCCCGGCAGCGAUCCUACAGCCGCAGCAGCGAGAGGUCCGGCCAGCGGAGAACGCCCAGCGCCUCGCGGGAGCGCCGCAGGGGCCGCGACAAGGACAGGGACAAGGCCAAGGACAAGGGCAAAGGGAAGGAGAAGGAGGCUCACGGCGCCAAGGCCGGGGACUCUGCAAACAUCAAAGCUGGAUUAGAACAUCUGACUCCUGCUGAACAGGCCAAGGCCAGGCUGCAGCUGGUUCUGGAGGCAGCUGCCAAAGCAGAUGAAGCGUUGAAGGCCAAGGAGAGAAGUGAAGAAGAAGCCAAGAGAAGAAAGGAAGAAGACCAAGCCACCCUCCUGGACCAGGUGAAGCGAGUGAAGGAAAUCGAAGCCAUCGAAAGCGACGCCUUCGUCCCACAGACCUUCAGGUCCAGCAAAGAAGUCAAAAAGUCAGCAGAACCUCCUGAGCUCCAACAGGAGCCUGUGAAUGUGGGAGCAGGAGCCACUGAGGCAGCUGCUGCUGAGAAAGAGCCUCCAGCUGCCAACAUCCCCACUGCCAUCAAGUACCAGGAUGACAAUUCCUUAGCUCAUCCAAAUCUGUUCAUGGAGAAGGCAGAGGCUGAGGAGAAGUGGUUCCAGAGGCUGGUUGCUCUGCGCCAGGAGCGGCUGAUGGGGAGCCCCGUGGCCUGAGAGCUGCCAGGACCAUCCCAGGCCACUUCCACACGGAGCUCCUACACUCAGCUCUUCUUUUUGUCUCUCAGAGGAGAUCUGGAUGAGCUGGGCAGGCAGGGAGGGUUUCACUGGGUAACCAGGAAUGUCCUGUCCUGCUCCACCUGGAUAACCAGGAAUGUUCCCUCCUGCUCCACCUGGAUAACCAGGAUGUUCUGUCCUGCUCCACCUGGAUAACCAGGAAUGUUCUCUCCUGGUUCUCCUGGAUAACCAGGGAUGUUCUCUCCUGCUCCACCUGGAUAACCAGGAAUGUUCUGUCCUGCUCCACCUGGACAAUCAGGAGUGUUCUCUCCUGGUUCCCCUGGAUAACCAGGAAUGUCCUGCCCUGCUCCACCUGAUUAACCAGGAAUGUUCCCUCCUGCUCCACCUGGAUAACCAGGAUGUUCUGUCCUGCUCCACCUGGAUAACCAGGAAUGUUCUCUCCUGCUCCACCUGGAUAACCAGGAAUGUCCUGUCCUGGUUCCCCUGGAUAACCAGGGAUGUUCUCUCCUGGUUCUCUUGAAUAACCAGGAAUGUCCUGCCCUGCUCCACCUGGGCAAUCAGGAGUGUUCUCUCCUGGUUCCCCUGGAUAACCAGGAAUGUUCUCUCCUGCUCCACCUGGACAACCAGGAAUGUUCUCUCCUGGUUCCCCUGGAUAACCAGGAAUGUUCUCUCCUGGUUCCCCUGAAUAACCAGGAAUGUCCUGUCCUGGUUCCCUCCAAGCUCAGUGCUGGAGAUGGGCAGGGCAGCACAGCCAGGGGCAUUUCCUUCUUUUUGGAGGGAAUUCCUCAGGUGAAGAACACCUGGCAGCCCAUGAAAUAUCAUUUUAUCCCUCCCAGUCCAGAAAAUUGUAUGGAGCCAGGCAGGAGCUGGGAGAUGAGUGGGAACUGAGGCUCAGGGCUGGGACAGUGUGGGAUGGGUGGAACCAUCCCUGUUAUCCCUUCCUCCUGUGGAAUCCUGGACAUCUGGGCAGGCUCCUGGCUGAGGGAAUCCUCUCCUGGAUGUGUUCAUCCAUCUGCUCCCAGCUCCUCACUCUGGGAGGGAAAUGCUCCACGUUUCCUUGAGCAGCAACUCCAAAUGGGGAAUUUUAUCAACCUCAUCAUUCCUGUAAUUACCAAAUUAUGGAAUUGGCACACAGCUGCUUCUGGGCAGUGGCUGUUCCCAGCCCAUGGAGCUCCCUUGGGCCAGGUGGGAUUUCCAAAUAAUCAAAAUUCAGUGUGAACAUCUGAAUUUAGCCUGGACAAACUUCCACAAAAAUCUGCCCAUCACCCACCUAAGUGCAGGAAAUCAACCAAAUCAAAUAAAUAAAAUACAAAAGUAUUUCUUCAGCAAGGCUGGGAGGAAAUUGUCACAUCAGGAGAGGAGAAAACUGAGCCCACCUGUGGAUGUGCUCCCUGGAGCUGCCCUGCAUCAGCAUUCCCUUGGGAAGCUGCUUUUUGGGAUUGUUUCUCCUGGUUCUCAGAUCUGUGGUGAUACAGAAUGGAGACUCACUCUGCAAAUGGACUUGGGUUGUUUUAUUUUUUUAUUUUAGAUCCUGGAUGUAAAAGGAAAAUGUAUUGAAUUUGCAUUCUGACACAUUUUUACUUCCUUUAUGAAGUGUUACUUUGAUUUUAUCCUGCAUCAAAAUAUUCCAAGACCUUGUCUGCAGGAAAAAGUGGGAAAAAAAUUGUUUCCCUUGUUUCAUUUCAGCAUUUUCAAGUGGUAAAAUUUGUCAUUGCUGCAUUUUCUCAUCACCUUUUCUGUUUCUUUUGUAGAAAAUAAAAACUGUUUGAUGUCCAUGGAA